CACAAGGCAACCUCCCCUCUUCCUCCCUCCUUCCCGCCCUCUCCUGCCUGCUCCCUGUGCCAUCGUCCCUCCUCGCCUCGUCGUCUUCCCCACCUCCCUGUUUGUUACUCCUCCCCGUCUGGCUCUGCUCGGGUGUUUGUGUCCCCUCAAAUGAGCGGCUCCUCCUCGCCGAGCCGCCGUCUGGCAUCCAUGGCGCUGGCCGUGGCGCUGGCCCUGCUGGCCCUGUCUAUGGCCACCGCGGUUGCGUCGCCCGCCCCGGCCCCGGCCAAGGGUGAGCCGGUUGUCGCCGCCGCCGCCGCCGGUGGCGCUUCGGCCAACGCCGCCCGCUCCGACGUGGAGCAGAUCCGUCGUGCUGGUGCCGGCGGUCCGGCCACCGCCAUCGUCCCCGGUCACUCGAUCAUCGCCAACGGCACGGCCCCGUCCAUUGUCUAUCUGGAUGGUGUGCCGAGCUCCGUCGGGUCGAAUGACUGGCACCCGGUUCUGUCGCUGGAGUCGCAUGAGGUCCCCUCGGCCCCGGUGUCUUGCAGCCCCUUCGUCACCUCGCAGUCGACCACCUCCCUGAGCCUGGGCGGCGGUCAGGCCGAUGGCGGCAGCCUUCUGGACUGGGUCCGCCGGCCGACCACCGACUCGGCCAACUCCUAUUGCCAGAUUGACUUCUCUGCGGAUGGUCGCUACGCCGCCGUGCUGCAGGGUGUUCCCGGGUCGGCCGGUGCCACGGUGCCGGUGGCCAUGUGGAACCUGUGGAACUCCACCACCGCCUCGGCGGAGCUGAUGGACACCUACGCCAGCUCCAAUGUCUUCACCUCGCCGCGGUCGAUCUCCCUGAUUGCCGAUGGCUCGGCUCUUGCCAUUGCCAACUCCCUGGAGACGGUCAUCUUCCGCGUCGGCAUGAAGGAGCCUUCGCUGGUGAUUAAGUGCUCGGCGGAGAAGGUUCUCUUCUCGCGUGAUGGCAGCUCUCUCUUCCUGGUCCCCACCAACCCCCAGCGGGGUGUUCUGCUGCGGCACUCCUGGUCCGGCACCGAGGGUGGCCUGCGUGUCGGUGUCUCGCAGGAGCCCGGCACCAAGGGCCUGACUCCGUCCAGCCCGGCUGACACCGGGCAGGCCGGUUGCCCGAGCGUGUUUAAGACCGUUGAGAACCCCAUCCAGGCGAUUGCUGGCUCGCAUUGCAGCACGGCCGUGGCCAUCGGCACCAAGUCCCAUGUGCAUGUCAUCGACGUGCUCAUGGCCCUCACGCUGGACGAUCUGCCCAUCGACCCGGCCUCGUCGAAGGUGAUCUCGAUUGCCUUCAGCACUCCGACGCGCUUCCUGGCGGCCGGUCUUGAUGGCGGCCGGGUGAUGAUCUGGCAGCAUGGCGCCGAGACCGGGCGCUACUCGCCCUUCCGGACCAUCCAGCUUGGCCAGCAGGCCGGCAUCGUGUCCAUCUCCUUCAACAAUGAGUCCCAGACCCUGCAUGUGGCCCUGUCCAACGGGUCGGUGGCGCUGCUGCACCCGAGCGACGGCUUCGAGUUCAAGGGCCAUGUCGCCCAGCUGACCGGCAUCGGCGGUGUCAAGGGCUUCUCCCUGCAUCCCUCCGGCAAUCUGUAUGGUGUGUGCUCCGGUGGUCCGGCUUCCGGCCCGGCUUCCAUCUGGCACAACUCCCUGGGUCACUACUCCAAGCAGCUCUCCGUGUCUGGCCUCAUCUGGGGUAUUUCCACUCGCGAGAGCCACAGCAUCAUCAGCCAGAUCGUUGAGCGCCAGUUCAGCGAGGCGGCCGCCAUCAACAGCAAGAUCGACUCGCUGCAGGCCUCCAUCGACGAGCAGACCGGCAAGAUCACCGCCUACACCGAGGAGGAGAAGAGCCUGAAGGAGCGCCUGAACCAUGUUCGCAAGCAGAAGAAGACCAUUGAGAUCAUGGUGACCAAGCUCACCCAGGAGAUCGACUACAUCAAGAGCACCAUCAGCGACCCGGCGUACAACCACCUGCUGGAGACCAACCGUCGCCGGCUCAAGGAGCUCGAGGCGGCCCUGGAGUACUACGACAGCCAGAGCAGCCAGGGCAUCAAGACCCUGACCGCGCGCGACAUCACCUUCUGGCUGGAGGAGCUCCGCCUGUCGAGCUAUGCGCCGCUCUUUGUGGCCCACAGCAUCGAUGGUAUCGGCCUCGAGGAUCUGACUCUGUCUUUCCUGCAUCGUUACAUUGGCAUGCCGGUCAAUGCGGCCAGCAAGCUGAUGCUGCACGCGCGGUCGGUGCUGUCCGGCAGCGCGCCGCCGACUGGCGGCCUGUACAGCCUGGAUUCGGCGGCCGCCGCCGAGUGGCUGCGGUCCAAGGUCGGCGGCAAGGUCGGCGAGCUGCUGGCCGUGCACAAUGCCCAGCUCAACGGUCGGUCCCUGGCGCUGAUGGAUCUCCAGACCCUGCUGGACCUGGGUGUGUCGCGUUUCUCUGACGCGCGUACCGUCCUGGCGGCCGUCCGUGCCGAGACUGGCGGCGUGUAGGGCAAAGAAGGGCCAUCCCCAUGAAGGCGGGGAGGCAGGCAUGUUGUGCGUGUAUUCGCGUGUGCGUGUGCGUGUGUGUGGCCGGUGUGUGGCCGGUGUGGCAAUGUGUCGGUGCGAGAGGAGGCCCCCUUCGCCUCUUAGCCCGUGCGUCAUCCAUCGGAGGCGCGCCGGGGAAGGGCCCUGUGGGGUCUUUUCCCUUCCUUCUGGGGAUUGCCCCGAUGCGUGCACGCCCGCGCACCAACCCACACACGCACACACACGCACACACACGCACACACACGCACACACGCUUUCCGAUGCACAUCCCUCUUCCCUCUCCAUCGCUGUUCCUGUCCACCUAUCUAUCUCUCUAUCUCUCUAUCUCUCUAUAUAUAUCUUUCCCUCCCUCUCCCUCCCUCUCUCUGCUUCGCCCCCUCCCUUCCCCCCUCAAUACACAGCACAAUGCAAACGGUGA